AUGGGUAGUUUUAAUUCGAAAAGUUCAGAGAAAACUGAAAUGAAGAAAGUGUAUCCAUCAUCAAGGAGACACACUCCUCUACGAUUGAUCUCAAGUAAAAAUGAGAAUUCUCCGGAAAAAGCAAAGGAUGAGAGUAACGCGAAGAUUCCUUAUUCUGAUGCAAAAGAAGAUGACGACAUCGACAAGGCUCACCUCAUGCACUUCUAUUAUCGAUUUGUUUGGAACGGUAAUUUUUCAAGUCCGACGAUCAUGGAAACUCUCCAAACUGGUGCAAGUGUUUUAGAUGUCGGAUGUGGUCCCGGAAGCUUUCUAUUAGACCUGGCAUCCUCACACGCAAAAAGUGCAUUCGUCGGUAUAGACCAAAAUCCUGUAUUUCCAACCUAUAUAAAACCGCCUAAUGUGUCUUUUUAUAAGCACAAUAUUUUGGAAGGCCUUCCGUUCGCCAUGGAAACGUUCGACUUCGUUUAUCUACGUUUCAUGAAAAAUUAUUUCAAUGAGGAAGAAUGGAGAUCCAAUGUCUUGCCCGAAAUUCUACGCGUGCUCAAACCAGGAGGUUGGGUUGAGUUUAUGGAAAUCGAUGAGAAGAUAUACAAUGUCGGCCCAAUCACCUCGAAUUUCGUGUACACAUGGCUCUAUAAGUGUGAUCAAAAUGAUUUCAUAGAUAUUUUCAAAUAUCAAGAUAUCCUACAAUCUUUUCAACGACAGCUGACGAUAAUAACGGUGGAGGUGAAAACCAAUGCUUGGUAUCCGAUUUCACCACCAGAACUCCGGACCACCGUUGAUAUUGUGCCGGAACUGUUGAGGUUCGCCAAAAGACAGGUGUUAUGUAAAAUGGAAAUUGAUGAUGACGAAUACGAGGCAUUGACCAAUAAGAUAGCGGCUGAGGUUGCGGAGCAUAAAUCUUACAGUAAAACUUAUCGUUUCUGCGCCCAAAAGAAUAUAUAA